AGAUACUUUUUCGGGCCACCAUUGUACAAUACUAAAAAUCGAACCAUCUAUGUUUAACUAAACAAAUACGCAAAUGGCCACAAAUCGGCCAACGGGCCGGAUACAAAACUAGUCUUCGUAUAUGCAUUUCAAUUGCCGCAUGCAGCUCAUUUGGGGAAGAGAAGAUGCUCUCUCAAUCUAAUUUAGUUUCUAGGUACUCUCCAUUGCCGACCGAUGAUCAAAGUUUUGGUGGUUGUUGUUUCAAUUUCUUUUCCCUUAGAUUUGUUUUCCAAAAUCUAAAUUCAUUCCAGUUAGCUGCUUCCUACUGUAAUUGGCACCAAGUUGGGUUCCUCAAUUAUAUUUCUUUAUUUGAUAUGUUCGUUUCAAUCUUAAUAUCAAUGGUUUCUGUUGUUUGAAUAUUUUUGUUUUGGGUUAUCGUUUUUGAUUCAGAAGGUUAACUAUUUAAUUUGCAUGAGCCUCUUGAAGCAGUUCAUCUACAUUUGGGUGGUGGCUCCAUGAGUGGCCGUUGAAAUCCGAGCAAGGGCGGCUCUCGGAGCAGUGGCGGCGGACGGAAUAGGUGAUGGUGAACGGUAGGACAGGUGUCAGAGGCCCAAUCGACAUGCAAGUUGGUUCUGGAAUGUGUGAAUGGCAACGUUGUAAUUAUAAAAAGAUUGUAGUGGUAUUGGGGGGUAUUUGGACAGGUGUCAGCCUCACAGCCCUUUUCAGCUUCCAAACAUUGUUCAUUUUCCCCAUGGCCUUCCUUUCGGGACCGGUUAUUGUAACAACACCCAUUGUGUUGUUAUUGUAACAACAUUAGUCCCCAACCAAUAGGAAGUUAGGGAUGUGAUGACUUUUUAUUAGUUGAGUUGACCUAGUGUAAAAUCAAAACAGGGGUAUAAUUGUCAUUAUGAAAAAUAUGUUUAAAUAAUAAAAAAAUAUUUUUUUAUUUUCUGCCCAAAAAUUUGGUCGCCGGAAUUCUGCCACCGGUCGCCGAAAAAUGGUCGCCGGUCACCGGGAUAUGCUUUUUGUCGCCGGAAUAUGCUAUUUUGUGGCCAUCGGAGUCGGAAUAUGCUUACCGGCGUCGGAAUCUAGUCAUCGGGCCGGAAUAUGCCUAUCGGCGUCGGAAUCUGAUCACUGACGGUCACCGGAAUUCGGUCAACGGUCAACGACCACCGGAUGUUAUGGUUAGCAUUGUGAGAUUUAUGGUUUGGUUUCUCAUAUUUUUUUAUGCCUUUUAUGGUUUGUUUUAUUGUGUUUGUGGUUUGCAUUGAGAAGUUUCUGGUUUGUUUUCAAAAACUUUGUGGUUUGCAUUGUGAGGUUUCUGGUUUGUUUUAAUAUAUUUGUGGUUUGCAUUAUGACAUUUAUGGUUUGCUUUUUGUGGUUUGAUUUACUGUGUUUGUGGUUUGCAUUAUGAGGUUUCUGGUGUGCUUUCACAAAUGUUGUGGUUUGCAUUGUGGGGUUUCUAGUUUGUUUUAGGAUAUUUGUGGUAUGCAUUAGGAGGUUUCUGGUUUGCAUUAAGAAAUUUCUGGUGUGCUUUCGAAACUUUUGUGGUUUGCUUUGCGAGAUUUCUAGUUUGUUUUAAUAUAUUUGUGUUUUGCUUUGCGAGGUUUCUGGUUUGUUUAAAUAUAUUUGUGGUAUGCAUUAGGACGUUUUGGGUUUGUUUUACCGUGUUUGUGUUUUGCAUUAGAGGGUUUCUGGUAUGCUUUUCAAAAUAUUUAUAGUUUGCUUUGUGAGAUUUCUGGUUUGUUUUAGAGAAUUUGUGGCAUGCAUUGAGAGGUUUCUGGUAUGUUUUUUGUUGUUUGUUUUAUCAUACUUAUUGUCUGCAUUAGAAAGUUUCUGGUGUGCAUUAGAAAUAUUUGUGGUUUGCUUUGUAAGUUUUCUGGUAUGUUUUAGGCGAUUUGUGUUCUGCUUUAGGAUGUUUCUAGUUAGCUUUUUGUGGUUUGUUUUACCGUCUUUAGGGCUUGUAUUAAGAGCUUUUUGUGGUUUGCUUUACCGUGUUUGCAUUAGGGGGUAUCUGGUGUGCUUUUCAAAAUAUUUAUGGUUUGCUUUGUGUUUUCAAUUUUUUUUUCCAAAGCACUUCAACGAAACUAAAAUGAAAUAUAGUUGAAAUAUGUUCAAUUUAUUAAUUCAUAUGACUACUUAGAUUAGAAAUUAUAUAGCUAAGCAUUUCAUCAUAAAAUAAAGCAUAUACAUUGACAAAGCAACUAAUGCUUAAUUGGAAUGGCCGCCAUUAUAAAAAAAAAGUGUGGUUGCUUACUGCCAGCUGGGUUUUCGAAUCAAGCUCUUGUUAGCGCUGAGUUGGAAGCUGCCAAACCCAACAAAAGCAAAUAUACCAUAGAAGUUAGAACGAGGGACGACGGCGACGAAAUAUGAAUAUUAAAUGAAUCGGCCGCGGCGGGUUUGGGCGAAGAGGACGGAAGAAACUUGUUUGAACUUUACCAAUUCGGAACAGAGGAUAUUGAGAGACAAGUUUUAUUUAUAUAUAUUAGGGUUUCUCGCUGCAUCCCACUACCACCAGAAAGAAUGAAGAAUCACAAGCUUGAGCGGAAGCAUGACCUCCUGAAGCCGUUCUUGUCGGCGAUUCCGUUCUGCCUGUUCUUGCUGAUGGAUAUCUAGAGGAAGUACGAGACCCGGCGGAGUUGCGACGGCGAAUCCUGCAGCCCGAGCGAGCAGCUCCGCUACCAGAAAUCAAUCAUGAAGAGUCAGAGGAACGCCCAGUUGAUCGCGGCCGCGCUGAUAUUCUAUUGGCUGCUUUACUCCGUCACCAAUCUCGUCGUCAAGAUAGAGCAGCUGAAUCAGCGCGUUGAGAAACUCAGGAAUGGAAUGUGGUCGGCGUCGGUGGUGGGAAUUGUGAUAUUUUAAUUUAAUUAUAUUUUAGUAAGUUUACCCUUAUACCCUUAAUGAAUCCUGUUGUUAGUAUAACAACACUUAAGGUGUUGUUAUACUAUCCGGACCCCUUCCUUUCACCACUAUACGACGAUGGCCGUUUUGGCCAAGGCAAUGCGUCGAGAGCCUAUGAGUUGCACCGUCUUGUCAGUUCACUCCAACAGGAGAAGCAUUAAGUGUCGGAGCAUUUCUACUAUACUAUAUAGUAUUGGUGCUUUAAUGUACAACUUAAAGUUGUACCAUAACAUGAAAUGUAUAAGUUUAGAUUGUACCAUAAAAGAAUUUGUACCAUUAUGUUAUGGUACAACUUUACAACUUGAAGUUGUACCAUCACAUAAAUGUACAAGUUCAAGUUGUACCAUAAAAGAAUUGGUACAAACAAUAUAGGUAUAAUCUAAAAUUGUACCAUAACGUUAAAGGUACAAUUUUUAGUUGUACCAUAAAAGCAAAAACCUAUAGUAUCAAUACUAUAUAGCAUUGUAAAAUUUCUCUUAAGUGUCGACUUUCUUCACAAAAUUGCGAGCCCUGUGGGAGAGUCGACGACCAUUAUUCCAACUCCUAGCCGCAUGUGCGGUUUAUGUACAUGUAAUUUUUCUCUUCGGAUGUGCGAAUAGCAAGACCAUGGGAUUUUUCCAAUAAUAGCACAUUUAAAAAAAAAUUACAAAAAUAGCACCCAUCCCAUAAAAAUUACAAAAAUAACACCAUUUUUAUGAAACCGCACCUCCAAUGUGCGUUUUAUAAAUAAACCGCACCUUGGAGAUGCGGUCCGUGCCACGUCAGUCAGGGAACCGCACUAGGAAGCUGCGGUUUGUGUUUCCUCCGGAGCGGCCUCCAAGACCGUUGGAUAAGGCAGAUCCAACGGCGGACCGCACGCCAAGUCAGCGAUCCGUGCCAAGGAUCGCAUACUUCACCUUCCCCCUGCGUUCUGCGCCUCGAGAAAUGGAAACUGCACCCCCCAGUUGAGGUUUCAACGAAUGCAAAAUAACCAGAUCGCCUCUGGAGGGUGCGGUCUGAAGUGUAUAAAUACCCCCCCUCCCUCAUUUUUUUACACCACAACCCAUUCUUCACUCUCUCUCUAACUUCUCUCUCUAUCCCCUCCCCUCCCAAAAGUCUAGGAAAUGGUGGUCUGUUGGUUGCGGCUAAGUCCGAUCUGCCAUCAGAAAACAUUUCUUCGGUUUUUCCUUCAAAACCCGCCGAAUCUCUGUCCGACUUUCGCGAAAAAAUGGAGGAGUGGUUCCAAGGAGAGGGAGUUUAUUAUGAUGAAUUUCAAGCGGUUCGUACUCAUUAUUCUGGUCAAUUUUUAUUGUUGUUAUAAGAUUUUUAAUUAUUAUAUGUACUAACCUUGUUGUUAUUCUCUCGUAGGUUGCGGACGACAUUGAUAUAUACAACCAACUGUAUUAUUUGGAUCAAAGACCUAUUGAUCCAACCGACUUGUACGACCAAUCCAACCAUCUUCAAGGGAUGUUUGGAACGAUCACGAGGUACAUACAAUUCUUCAUCAUUUGUCUUUCUUUUAUUUUGCUAAUGUACUUAGUGGAAUAUAAAAUAAAUUUGAAAUAAUUUAAUCGUAUUGGUUGUUUUCAAUAAUUUAAUCGAAUACAUAGCGCCACUUACUUCGACUCUUUAUAAAGAGAUGCACGUCUAAGGAAAUGGAGUUUUAAGCGAUUAUCAUGAUCCUCCCAUUUCCAGGGAAAAUCGGGUAUUAAGAGAUCCUCGGAUCCCCCCUUUUUCUGUCAAAAAAGUUGUGUUUCUAAGAAGAUGUAUACCUCUUCUAAGAGUCUAACGAGUGUUGCAUUGUAUUCGAUUAAAUUAUUUAAAACAACCAAUACAAUUAAAUUAUUUACCAAACAACCAAUACGAUUUAUGUUUAUGUGUACAAAAUGAAUUUUAUUAAUUUAAAAUAUUUGAAUAUGUAUGUAUCUCUUUAAAUUAUUAUUCAUUUAGAAUGUUAUUUAUUUCAAUUAAUUCAGUAUGUUUGUUUUAUGAUAAUAUGUAUAUAUCUUGAAAAAACCCAUCAAUUAUUUAAAUUUGAUUGUUAAUAAUAUAAUUAUAAUAAAGUUAUGGUCGAAAU